AUGGCGACAGACCAGGAAGUGAAGCCAGAAGAAAUCGACUCCGACUUCGAUCCCUUAACCCUCAUUGUCGCCAGCGAAAGUGACGGGGACGACCAAGAAAAGAGCGAACAUAUCAAGAGGAGGAGAAACGAAAUGCUCAAGCUUAUGGCAACAGAAGAUUGUGAAUAUUAUAAACAGCACGUCUGGUGCGCCAACAACAACGUUCUGGACUAUAGUGCGCUCUGUUCUAACCAAGACAACAGGAGACCCGAAGACCCAGCUUUGGAUGCCCUCACGGAGAGACUUCUUCACCGCAACGAAGUGCUGAUCGACGGACUCCGGGAGGCUAGGUAUACCUUGGAGCCUAUCUAUAAUUUCUUGGAGCGCUUGACCGACGGCGGUGUUGUCACGUUGACGGCCUGCUAUGACGUGCCGUGCGAACGCUACGAAGACUUUGUCCCCCCCGAGAGAUUCGAUGACCUGAUCGCCACGCUUCAAUGGAAAGAGAUAUCUGUAGCCUACCGACUUUGCGAGUUCGAAGGAAUCUACACGUUUCUGGGACCGGUCUUCACUACAAGGAAGGAGAUAGGUAGGGCCAUCGUGCUACUAGAUCGCAGGGCGAAGAAACCACCAACCGAGCCGAAGCUACCCACGCAGCCGAAAGCUGAGAGAGAGCCAAGCGAGUCCGAUGAGAGAGCAAGAACGUCUAAAGAGAGGAGAAGAGAGCUUGCCGCCUGGAAGGAUGUUGCCGAUAUCCAGAGCUUCAUCAGGACCUUACUGAUUCCGCGUCUGGAGCGGGCCCAGGUACAGAUCAACACACACGUUUCGGAUCAUAGUGAGGAGUAUCUGAGUGUUCAAAUGGAAUCACCGGAAAAGAUGGAAAGAUACGAAAACGGUGGAACAAGGGAGAAGGACUUGGUGGCGGUGGAGCUUUUCGAGACCGCCAUGAAAAUGGAUAAGGAACAUCUCAACAGGCAUACCUACACCGCUGAUAUGCGCAAAACCCGCACCUUGGUAAUGCAUGGGCUAUACAGGGAUCUCGGUGAGGGUAUGCAAGCGUUGGGCACCACCAUCGCGGAAUUGAAGAAGCUCGUGUCCGUCACAACCUGCGCUGAAACGAAGGCUGCAAGUGACGGAGAGCACAUGUAG